CAUCCCAUUUCCACCCAUGUGCAGAUACAUGAACUGUCAGCACUGUAACAGCAUAACUGGACUUAAUUACAACAACUGCACUUGUACAAAGAGAAAUAUUUUGGACGUGGAAAUCGGACUCCAAAGAACCCAAUGAGAGUUGGAACCUCAAGCAAAUACUCCCCUCUCUCCCACAGAUAUUGGUCCCUUUGAGAAGGAAUUGGUCAGUAAGAAGGACACCGGCCAUGCUGGGCAGGGAAAGAAGAGUUUCAAUUUCCACUGGUUUUCUCCUCUGCCUCAUUUUUAUUGUUGGGUUCAUCUAUAGGUUUGUGCAGUUGAAGCCACUGGAAAAAUGUCCUCCCCCUGAUCCUUGGCAAAAUGUUACCCAACAAAAUCAAUCUUCUCCUGCAGCAAUAGACCUAGAACUUCAGACCUUAAUGAGGAUGAUUGAGUGGCCUGAGCCUCUGGGUCCAACAGAUUUUGAAUCUUCCACCAGUCCAUUUAAAACAGAGUUCCACAUGCCGUUUCCACGUGCCACAUAUUAUGUUGGAGAGUAUGUGGAAGUUUUUAUCAUAGCGCAGGACCACCGUGGCCAACCAAAAACUUAUGGAGGGGAUUAUUUCCAGGCCAAGCUGCACUCCCCAAUGCUGAAAGCAGGAGUCACCGGCUCAGUCACAGACCAUAGGAACGGCACCUACACGGCCUCCUUCUUGCUGCUCUGGCCGGGGCAAGUGGAGAUCUCCAUAAGACUUGUCCAUUCCAGUGAAGCCAUAAUCGUCCAUAAAACGCUGAGAAACACACGUCUUGACAAGGUCAUCUUCCAAGGGACAAUCAAUGGGUCUUCUAGAGUCCUGAAGUGUCAUGUGUGGCCCCAGUCUGGACCCAAUGUGUGUGAAUUUCAUGACCCAGACAGUGGAGAGAGCUGGUACUGUGAGCAUCAGAGCCAUGAUCCCUGCGGCCAAUACAAAGGGCACUUAGAAGGGAUCAGAAACCACAUCCUCAGGGCAGAGGAACAUCGACUCCUGUCUGAAAAGGAGAAACUUAUUAAAUCUAGAGUUGAACCUUUCAAUGUCCUGCCUUCCAACAAGACAGAUAACAGAAGUGUUUGCUCUCCUGGACUUCCGAUCCCAGACCCUUCUGGGUUCUAUUACCAGGAUUUCUGGCAGUCCCGUGUUUGCAGGAACAGAGCUUUCCCCAGUCCAUCUGCAGUUACACAGUGUCUGACUGGCAAGGCCAUCUACUUGUUUGGAGAUUCAACGGCUAAACAGUGGUGGAAAUAUCUGAUAGACUUCAUACCAUACUCAUGUCGGGCAGGAAGGGAUGAUAAAACGGCACUAAAGGGAUCAGGUAGAGCAGCUCUUCUGGAAAUAAACCUCUAUGAGGAACUACCAGCAGCCCUGCCGGGGCCCCUUGUGGCUGUAGACACAGAACAUAAGAUUGGGCUGCACUGGCAAGGGCACCAUAUUGCUCUAACCUUGGCAACUAGUGUAAAUCAAGACCUUCAUUUUAUAGCAACUGAAUUGGAUCAGUUGGGUGGGGCAGGGCUGGUGGUUGUCAUAAACUGCCUGGCCCAUUAUGUUUUAUACCCUGUGAAGGUUUAUGUAAAUAAACUUCGUAAAAUUCGGGAAUCUGUCCUCCUACUAAUGAAACGCAGUCCAUUAAGCAAGGUCUUCAUCAAGUCUGGUAACACCGGGUACAAGUACAUCUAUGGAAGUGAUUGGCUGUCCCUUCAGUUGGACCUGGUAAUGAGGGCCAUGUUCUCAGAGCUGCCUGUUACUAUACUGGACAACUGGCAAAUGACCACCUGCCAUUACCUACACCAGGAUCUCCACCCUGCACCAGUCAUAAUCAAGAAUGAGAUUGACUUACUGUUGUCAUUCAUCUGUCCAAUGUGAGACACAAGACAGGCCACAAUCUCGACACUGUCAAAGAUUUUCCAUGAGUUCCAGUAAAGACCAUCUCAUUCCCCCAUUAAA